AUGGCGGAAACAGCAUCCAUGACAGUCCGCGACAUCGUCACCGAUCCGUCUUUACUGCCAGUCCUCCAAAUCAGCGCAAACGCACACAACCAAUGCCAAAAACUCUUGCAGUUGCUCGAUCCCACCAAUGCCGCUGCAUCAGGUAGCAACCCACCCUCCCAAGAAACAAUCCUCGCAAUCUCCAAACAACAAAAGAUCCUCUACUCGCUUCUCGCGCAACUGCGCGGCUUAAAUCGUGAUGCUGUCCUGCGCGUGCGAGAGACCAAACAAGUCACCGCGGAAGCGCGUCAGGAGAUUGACCGGUUGCAUCUGCAGCUACAGAACCUGUACUAUGAGCAGAAGCAUUUGAUGGGUGAAAUUGCGGCUUGUGAAUCUUACGAUCAUAAAUAUCUCUCGCUUCCCCUCAUCCCCGAAGAAGAAUUUCUCGAAUUGUUUCCCGAACACGCCUCCUUAGACGCACACGAACUAAUGAUUGCGCGCAUAAAACAUGAACACGACGAGCGUGAGAAACUGGAGCAAGCCAGGCAAGAACUACUCAAACGGAAACAGGCUCUAAUUGCAGAAAACAAAAAGCGGAAGGAUGAUUUGGCGAAUCUUGAUGCUGAUUUGGAGCGGUUUAUUGACGCUGCGAAACCAAUUCAGAAGAUUUUCGAAAAGGAGUAUUGA